AUGGCCGAGAACACGAAGCUCUUCACCCCCUUCAAGAUCGGGCAGGUCGGGCUCGACCACCGGGUCGUCAUGGCGCCCCUGACCCGUUUCAGGGCUACCAAGGAAGGCGUCCCUACUCCGGUGAUGGCACAGUAUUACGCGCAAAGAGCUGUCGUUCCGGGAACGCUUCUCAUCUCCGAGGCUUCAUUCAUCACAGAGCGUGCCGGCGGCUAUGCCAACAUCCCUGGUCUCUGGGCGGACGAGCAACUCGCGGAGUGGAAGAAGAUCACCGACGCUGUCCACGCCAAGGGCAGCAAGAUCUUCGUGCAGCUCUGGCACCUCGGCCGCGCCGCAGACCCUGACCCAGCCGGAUCGGGCGGCGCCGUCAGGAACGAGGAGUUCGACUUCAAGAACAACUUCGUCAGCGCCAGCGACGUGCCCAUGGCCGAGGGCCUGCCGGCACCGCGCCCCCUGAGCGAGGAGGAGAUCCGCACCACCAUCAGCGACUACGCCACGGCGGCCAAGAACUCCGUCGAGAAGGCCGGCUUCGACGGCGUCGAGAUCCACGGCGCCCACGGCUACCUGAUCGACCAGUUCACGCAGGACACAAGCAACAAGCGGACGGACCAGUGGGGCGGCAGCAUCGAGAACCGCGCCCGCUUCGCCGUCGAGGUGACCAAGGCCGUGAUCGCGGCCGUGGGCGCCGAGCGCGUCGGCAUGCGACUGAGCCCCUGGAGCAACUUCCAGGGCAUGCGGAUGGCCGACCCAAUCCCCCAAUUUUCCUACCUCAUCCACCAGCUGCGUGCUCUGGACCUCGCUUUCCUCCACCUGGUCGAGCCGCGCGUCGCCGGCGUCGUCGACCGCGACCCCGAGAACGAGAGCCUCGACUUCGCGCUUCAGUCGUGGGGCCGCGAGAAGCCCGUCCUGAUCGCCGGAGGCUACACGACCGAGCGGGCCAUUCAGGCUGUCCAGGCGAAGUACCACGACCACAAUGUCGCCGUAGUCUUUGGCCGCCGCUUCAUCUCCACGCCCGACCUGGUCUACCGCGUCAAGAAGGGCCUCGAGUUCAACGACUAUGAUCGGUUUACCUUCUACAUCAACCAGAAGAAGGGCGACAAGCUGGAGCCGGGCUACAUCGACUACCCCUACUCGCAAGAGUUCAUCAAGGAGUUUGGCAAGCCUGACGUUGCUGUUUAA